GUUGCGCCACGCUCACGACUGGCACGACGGACACGCGGUCGUACGAUUGCCACGAUUGUUGUCGGUUUUAAUUGCAUCGAUGACGCACCAAAUCGCCUCGAAUUGAUUCAGAUCGGACUGUUUUUGUUUUAACUGAAAUGAAACUUGUGGCCUGCUUUGUGCCAUUGGUUACCUUGUUCAUUUACGUUGGCUGCGACAACUGGCAGGAAUGGUGGACAUACGAUGGAAUAUCAGGUCCCGGUUAUUGGGGACUCAUGAAUCCACAAUGGAACAUGUGUUCAAAGGGCAGGAGGCAGUCUCCAAUCAACGUCGAGCCAGACAAACUUCUAUAUGACCCUCUUCUAAGAUAUAUCCAUGUGGAUAAACAUAAAGUCAGCGGGAUGCUGCACAACACGGGCCAAUCACUUGUUUUCCGCGUGGACAAAGAGACAAAGCAGCACGUUAACAUCUCCGGCGGCCCCCUGGCGUACAGAUAUCAAUUCGAGGAGAUAUACAUACAUUACGGCACCGAGAACCAACAAGGAUCCGAACACCACAUCCACGGUUAUUCGUUUCCGGCCGAGAUCCAACUUUAUGGUUUUAACAAGGAAUUGUAUCACAACAUGACGGAAGCACAACAUAAGUCACAAGGAAUUGUAGCGAUAUCACUGAUGGUUCAGAUUGGAGACACGCCAAAUCCGGAAUUAAGGAUUAUAACGAGCGUGUUCAACAAAGUUCAAUACAAAGGAGCUGCGACUCCGAUAAAACAUCUGUCGUUGCGCAGCAUGCUGCCAGACACAGAUCACUUCAUGACGUAUGAAGGUUCGACGACGCAUCCGGGCUGCUGGGAGACAACCGUUUGGAUCAUACUUAAUAAGCCCAUUUAUAUUACCAAACACGAGUUGUACCAAUUGAGAAAAUUAAUGCAAGGUUCUGAGGAGGCACCUAAGGCUCCCCUGGGAAAUAACGCCAGGCCCGUUCAGCCCCUGCACCAGCGGACUAUUCGGACAAAUAUUAACUUCAGAAACUUGGAGGGUAGCAACUGUCCCUCCAUGCAAAAGGAUAUGUACUACAGAGCUAACAAAUGGCCCACGACUUUGAAGGAGCAGCAUCCCUACCACAGUCUACACUCGCUCCAUUAAAAUGUAUAAUUUCCAUUUUACAUGAACCGCAUUCGUUUGUAAUCGAUUGCGAGUCUUCGCCAAAAAAAACAUUUAUUGUAAACUAAACUACUACCAUCCAUAAACAUCUGAAACAUGGUUAAGCAACAGAUUCCUUAAAAAAACAUGUAUGUAGAGUCAAUGUGUAUAUAAUUCAGCAAUAAUAUUAUAAGGCACUAUGAAUAUUGUAUAAAAAAUCAAAUUUACAAGUGUUGCUUCACUAUGCUAAUAUAAUACACCCAUCUACGGGGGCAUUAAAAAAAUUACAAGCUAGUUAAAAUUGUCUGUAAUUAGCUUUGACCGUUUAUAAAGUGUAAAAAAUGCUUAAAUUUUAAUAGAUGGUAAACGAACCCGUUGGUGAGUGUAAUUAUGUUGAUAACUUAGAAUAAAAUAUAUUUUGUUAGGGUUUUGUUAUAACAUUUUGUAACUAAUAUUCUUAAGAACUAACGAUGAACUGUUGAAACCGUUGUCAAAAUAUAUAAAAAAGACACAGCUUGUUUUUUAAUUGUCUAAUUGUAAAUACACAGCGAGGAUUGUUACGUUUAAGAAAUCAAAACGAGUUUAUAAGUGAAUGAUAUUUUUCUAACGCUUUCCUUUAAACCGUUUAAUUAACUAAUUUUUGGCAACGUUUCAACGAUCGCGCCAUUUUCUUAUGUGCUUCAAUCGUGUAAAUAUUAAAGAAAAACAAAAUCGAGAGUAUAGACACAUUUUUGUGAUACGAAUAUAUGCAAUAAUGACCAAAGAAAAAAAAAUUAUAAACAGUGUUAGUGCUAUUAUUGUAUCUCGGUUCUAUAGUGUUUGUAUAAAACGUCUUGGUGAAUACCUACAAUGGAUUUCGUUCUGAAUUUUAUGCUUUAGUCAAAUAUGUCCAUAAAUAACUUAUAUAUAAUCUAAUGUAAACAAAUAUAAAAUUAUUAUAGUUAA